AUGGCCAUCUCACCUACCCAAUUCGCUGUUACCACGCGGCAAUCGGCCAAUUGGGCCGACGCGAGAAGCAGAGUGCUUACAGCCUAUCGGGCAUGGAUUCGGGCGGCGCCUGAGAUCCAGACCAUGUACUCGAUCCCCCAACCCGUCUCCGCCAUCCGCACCCGCAUCAGACAGGAGUUCGAGCGACACAGAUUCGUCAACAAGCUCCCCGUUGUCGAUAUGCUCCUUUUGCAGAACAAUGCCGACUACCAAGAAACCAUGAACUUCUGGCGUCAAACCACACACUUGAUGAACUACUUCAAGGAGGAGAACUUCAGAGGCGAGAAGAUCCUGCCCUCAAACUUUGUUUCCGGUUUCCUGGAGGGCCGCAACUAG